AUGCGCGUGCCCCGGAGAGAAGCAACUGACAGUGUCGCGCGCCCUACACCCGUUCCCUCUCAACUCGAAAGGAAGGCCAAGAAAGGGGCGGGAGGAAGUCGGGGGCGAGGUCAGAGAUGGCCACGCCCAUCGCGCGCGCCGUUCUGUGUUCUAUGAGGGACGGUUGAAAUCCGUUUAGUUUUGAAUCCGCCCCGUGCCUCCCGCCGCUAACUGUGAUUGGGUAGAACGCGCGCGCGGAGGAGAGUGGAGGGGCGGGGCUGGAGGAAAGCCACGCUUUAUUUUGAGUCAGUCACGACUUGUGACAAGUUAGUUCCCGCCUGCCUUUUGGCGGGGCUGUAGUUAAAUACAGUUAAAUAUUGGCUCGCGCUGUAUUUUGGUGCAGCCUUGCACACGUCUAAUAAGAAAUUACUUUUAUUACUAUUACUAUUAUUAUUAUACCCCACCUUUUCCCCUGACAGGGACUCAAGGCUGCUUUACAGAGAAAAAUGAGAGCAAUUAAAAACAUACACAAAAAAACAAACACUUCAAAACAAACUGGGAAAGUUAAUACUAUAUAUAUAUAUAUAUAUAUAUAUAUGCACACGCCUAUGAAAAAUAUCAAGAUAACUGCAGUAAAAACUGCAGGCCUCUUUGAAUUAAGGGCAACUUAUAUACACAAUUUACCUGGAGUAGGUCCCAUUGAACUCAAUGGGGCUUCAGAGUAGGCAUGCACAGGCUUGAAUGUGAGAUGCACAAAGAUGGAAAUAUCCAACCCCACCUACUGUGGAGGAAUGUCUGAUAAAAUUAUUGGACUUAGCUGGGAUGGUGAAGUUAAUGUGUUUAAUUAGAGAAAAUUUAUUACUGACAUUUAUUAAGGAUUGGAAACUUCUGAUUGCUCCUAGUUAUGGCCUGGGGAGGGGGAAUAAUGCUUCUGGGGACAGGCUGCUCUAGGGCAAAACCUAUUUAACUUGCGUUUUUAGAAAUGUAAUUUAAAGAACUUGGUUCUCCCUCUCAUUCUUUUUUCUCCAUGUGUGGUGGUGUCUUUUCAGAUUGUGAGCUUGAGGGAGUUGCUCUGAGAGUCUUUUCAGCUAAUGGGUAAAUGCCAUAAAUGUCUACUCAGAAAUAAGCCCUUCUAAAUCCAGUGGGGCUUACUCCUGGGUAAACAGAGUCUCUGUUAUUGCCUGUUCACCUUAUAUAAACAUAUCGCCCUAAAAUAGCAGGGAUUUUGCAGAUGGGGCCCCAAGGCUGUAGAAGAGCUGUAAUCUAGGGUUGCCAUACGUCUGGAAUUUCCCAGACAUAUACAGAAUACUGCAGUUGGAAGCAGUGUCCGGCCAAAAAUCGCUAAAAAUGUCCGGGAAAAUUCGGACGUAUGGCAACCCGUGUCGUUUUUGGCUAUUUUCCUUAAAAACUUUUCCAACUUUGCAAAAACAUAAAAAAGCUCACCAACUUUUCUGUCCGGAUUUUUACUGUUUGAAAUAUGGCAACCCUGCCGUAAUUAGAUUGGGUGAAUUAUGUUUCUUUGCUUAACUAGAUUGACUAAUUGGCCGGACUCUAUAUAAGACAAUUUCCUUACCAGUUAGGCUGAGUGAGACAGCCCACUUCAGAGAAUAGAUUAAAGGGCAAAAAAAUGAUCAGGUAUUUAGUUGGGGUUUUUUUUAAUCAACGUGUUGAACUCCGACACAAAGGUCUCUUAACCCACCUCCACUACUCCCCACUUUCUGAGAUUCCAUCAGGUGUUGCCUACACAUCUUUAAGCCAAUUGUCAUAGCUAUAGGGACUAGAAGCUUGCUUUUUCCAUUUUAAAAAAUAUUUUAGGAUUCAUAGGGAUGCUGAAUUCUGUCUCCUGUAAGAAUUUCUGUGCUAGCAAAGGAUCAUGGAGGACGCACAGGUCUGUAUGCUGCUAGCUAUUCCAAUGUUCAGACCUCUUUCUCUAAAAAUAACAUCAAGUGGCCUUGAGUUUUUCAUCUGCGCACAUAUGCAAAACACGAUCUUGGUUCCCUAGAAUUAUUUCUUCCUGGCAGGUGUCCAAAAGCAACCAUAUAAAUCAGUUAUCUUCUACACAUAAAGUACAUAGGUUCUCUAAUGCCUCAUUUACAUCUUGAAUUACAAAAAAUAUUCCCAUUACAGACAUUGACAACACUGGAAGACCACACCAAUCCAUAUGCUGUACUGAUUUGGAAGGCCCAAAAGGAUGCUGUUAAUCCCUUUCAAACCUUGAAAAUACUUGGAGGUUUUCCAGACUGUCCGCUGAAGGUUUUCCCCUUCAGAAAUGAUUGGCGGGGGUGGUCUGAAUCUCUGAAAUAGAGCUUUGGCUCAUAAUUCCUGUUUGCCUGUUCCCACCCUUCUUAAAAAUUCAUCCUCAGUAUGAUCUUUCUAAACCAUCAUAACUGCAUCUUUUUAAAAAAGAAAAAAGCUUCCACUACUGCCUGUAAAUCUCUCCGUUCUUGUGUUUUAAAAAUAGAUUCAAGAUAGGAUGUAGAACUGGGCCAAACGAAAUUAAUUUCAACACAGAUAAAUGCCAAGUUUGGCAUAUAGCAUUGUAUCCCAACGAAGUCUCAUUAGCACAAAGGCUUCUGCCUGCACAAUGUGAUUUUCUUUCUCCAUUCCCUGCAGGUCGCCUGCACCUUCCAAAUCUCUUUUGGUGGUUACCCCCCAGUCCUCUGGAGCAGGUGGAGGAGGCUGCAGGGAGAGAAGAGGGAAGUACAUUUGUACUGGAAGAAUUGUCAAAUAAAAUAAUGUGUGACACUUGGCUUGAUAGCAGCCCAUGUGAACAGGAUCUGGGCGUAUUAGUAGGUCAGAAGCCAGACGUGUCAGCAGGGUGAUGUGGUUGCUAUUCUUCUUUGGUGAUCACUUGUAGCCGAGUAAGAUUGUCUUCCAUAAACAAGGUUUGAACAAUGAGUCCAUAAGUGCCUGUGGAGGCCAAUUCUGGAUCCACAUGUCCUUCCACAGUGGGGACAUUGGUUUCCAGGUGGGAGUUGAUCACGGUGUGGAUUUGCCAAGCGUGUCUUCCUUUUAGCACGUUUCUCCCUUGCGUCCUCAGUUUGAGUGUCUUCAAAGUGCAUGAAACCUUUGGUAAAGGCUGUUCUCCAAUUGGAGAGCUCGCAGGCAAGUAUUUCCCAAUUGUUGGUGUUUAUACUACAUUUUUAAAAAAAUUGCCUUGAGACAGUCUUUAAACCUCUUUUGUUGACCACCAGCAUUAUGCUUUCCAUUUUUAAGUUCGGAAAAGAGUAGCUGCUUUGGAAGAUGAUAAUCAGGCAUCUGCACAACAUGACCAGUCCAACAAAGUUGAUGCUGAUGAAUCAUUGCUUUGACACCGGUGACCUUUGCUUCUUCCAGUACACUGGUAUUAGUUCACCUAUUAAGGCUAAUGCAGUUCUAGGUUGCAUCAACAGAAGUACAGUGGUACCUUGGCUGUUGAACGGCUUAUUUGUCGGAACAAAUCAGCUCCCGAAAACUGCAAACACAGAAGUGAGUGUCCUGGUUUGCGAACGUUUUUUGGGAAGCCAAACGGCCGACAUGGCUUCCGUGGCUUCCGAUUGAGUGCAGGAAGCUUCUGUAGCCAAUCAGAAGCCCCGCCUUUGUUUCCGAACCGUUCCAGGAUUUGAGCGGACUCCCAGAAUGGAGUAAGUUCAACAACAAAGGUAUCACUGUUUAACGUCCAGAUCAUGAAAAGUAAAGGUAACACUCUAUUCUGCUUUGGUAAGACCUCAUUCUUGCAUACUGUGUCUUGCAUACUGUGUCCAGUUUAAGAAACCAGAAACUGGAAUGUGUGGGUGACAAAAAUAAUUUUAUUUAUUGCACUUCUGUCCCACCCUUUCUUCAGUAGAAGCCCAGGGAUAUGAGUCUUGGGCUAAAAGAAGGUUUCCCCGUUCCAAUCUAUACCUAGAGAAGACUUUGGACAAGGAGCAUUGUAAGUGAAAUGAGUUUCUGUCUAUUCAUUACUUCACAUGUGUGAUAUAAUUCUUAAUAAUGUUACAGUAUUCCAGUAGCAUAUCAGCAUUGUUUUUUCAACACAUUGCGCGUAUAUGUAUGAUAAAUGUAGUUCAGAUAAAAUACUGGGUUGUGAUUGUUGUAUUUUUAUGUAAAGUGCAUCUUAAAUAUGAAUAAUAUGAGCAGAUGGAUUGACCUUCCUAAAUGAAUAAGGUUGCUUGAAUUAAAUCCCAUUAUCAUGUACAAAAUAUAUUCUGCAGCAAAAAUAAGAUCCCGUGAAUUGAUACAAUACAUGAUUUCACAAGGGUAGUUGUAAAAACCCAGAAAAUCAAAUGAAAAAUUCCAAAUUCAUAGCUUAAGAGAAAACAUUUUAAGAAAUGGAGCAAAACAAUUUUUGAUUUGUAAAGCUCUAAAUGAAUAAAGAAAAGUCUUUGAAUGCGAAGAUGAUUAAAAAGACAACAUCAUUAGCAAAAAGAUAUUUACAAGUUUGGUCUCUUUCAUUUUGACUGUAAUUUUAAUUAGUUGGACACUGGGAGGGGGAGAUGAAUAUAAAAGCCUGCAUCAUGUACUUACUGUUCAAAUUGCAUUCCACCUUAAUUUUAUGCUCUUCAGUUCUUAAUUUUCCUCUCCUUUUUUUGUUCUACGUAAUCCGGUUAUCAGACUAAAGUGAUUUUCUCUCAUCCAGGUUUAAAAUUCAGCAUUCCAAUCUUCAAGUUUUAUUCUUUCAUUUGCCAGAACUCUCCAGGUAGCUUUUGAAUUCCUUUGUCUCUAUAUUUACGUAGGCUUUUCAAAGAAUCAUCAAUGCAGAAAUAGAAUCCACUUGCAAAUGUUUUGUUUAGUUCUUCCCCCAGUUCUCCCUAUGGCAUGUGCAACCCAGGUAACUGUUUGAGCAAGGUGUAACCAAUAUCAUAAUCUAGGGAUCUAGCUUCAAAUGGCUCAGGGGAGAUCCUCAGUGGUCAAGGGGUGGUGGGAGCCGCAGACCCUCAACAACAGGAGGCCAAAGUUUACUCUAGUGACUCUCUAGGAUUUCAGACCUGGAAAGCUAUCUGGAGAUGCCGGAUUUUGAACCUAGGACCUUCUGCAUGCAAAGCUCAUGCUGUGCUAUUGAGCUAUUCCCCUUCCAAAGAAAGAGAGGAAGAUAAUUUCUGGGAAUCGGGAGAGAAGGCAGUGAAGGAACUCCUAGAUUUGAACUGUUCCCAGUGCUCAGCCUGAAAGUGGGGGGGGGGGGGGGGACUGGAAUAAAUGAUCCCUUUCCCCUUUGUCUGAUGGAAGGAGGUGAGACUGUGGCAGCAUUUCAAAUGAUGGUGUUUUGAAUGCAUUUUCUCUCUCUCUGAAGAUCUAUUUAGGGAAAAAAUGGAUUGUGUGAUGAAGUCCGUGACCCUGCGGUGUGGUGGAUUGUGUGUUCACUUUUUUUAGAUGUAGGAGUUUUUCUUUUUCCAGGCCUCGCUCAGCCAGAAAGCCCUUCUCAGCUGGGGGUGGUCUUGGACAGCUCAGGCUCUAAGCACAAUCGACCUCCUAGGGUUGUUUUCAGGAUAAAUGGAAGAACUACAAAGCUGGAAACUGCUACAGAAUGAAAAGAAUUGCAGUUGAUUCCUACUCUGAAGUAGGUCCCCACUGAGUUUAGUGGGAUUGACUUCCUAGUAAGCAUGCUGCCCCAAUGGCUUUGUGCAUACAUACACACACACACACACAGAGAGAGAGAGAGAGAGAGAGAGAGAGAGAGAGAAUAUAAAGCCAAGCAUGUUUAGACAAAUUAUCUAUCACAUCACAUUUUUUAGAACGGUUGUUAAAACACUGAUGAAUGAAUAUAGAGUAAGAUGAUGAGUCAGGGGUACUAAAAGGAGCAAAUGGGUAGGUUCCACUAGAUGCUACCAUAAGUACCGAGAUAUUUUAGUUUAUAACCCAGUGUGAUUAAACUGCAUGAAAAUUAAGCUGUGAUAAUGCUACAGUAAAAUAAGUCUUAAAAAAUAAAGAGGCUUCUAACUAAACCACAAUAUUAAAAAGAAGAAGAAGAAGAUACUGAUGGUAUGUUUUGAGAAGGGCAACCUGAUAGAAAGAACCUUGGGAUGGAAAGUGCUGGGUUGCUGAUUCGACAAAAGCACCAUUGCUAUUGCACUAUAAGCCUAUUGUUAUUAGAUAUAUUGCUGACUUGCAAGCUGAUCCAUUCACACAGCCAAAGUGGAACAAACUGGGAAUGUGGGUUGAGCGGAGUUUAGCACAAGCUAAAAGCAGUUACUAUACAAAAGUCUUAGCACACAGUCGUGCAACUUGGUUGACAUCUCCUGUGGCCAUCGAGAUUCACCCCCUGCCUUGCACUUUGGCACGUAUUGUCUUGACAACUGCGGAGGAUCGGGUUUGGGUCCAGUGAACUCCCAGCAGUCCUGUUUAAAGAAGCAGAAAAAGGCUAAUGGCAAGCUUGGCAGCAGUUGCUGUUGCUCUUCUGUAAGGGCCUGCUUUGUUUUCCUUGGUAUCAAACUCUUGCCUGACUUUCCACUGCUUUUUCUUUGGCUGUGUGCUUUGGACUAGCAAGAUUUACCUGCUGGGAGCAGGCAAAGGCCCUGGUCAGCUAGACUGAGUCCUUCAGAUCAAAGGACUGUGAUAUCUGGCGCCAGGACUAAGACACUUCUCUCGACCAGGCAAGAACUAAUAGCCUAUCCCAGGCAUGUCCAACUUCCAAGCAAUCCAGUAUAAAAAAAAAACAGGCAGUGAUCUACCCAUCACGAUCGACCUGUUGGACAUGCCUGGCCUAGCCAUUCCUGAUGCUUCGAACAGCCUACCAAUCACAAGGCGUAAUGUUCCAUGCCUCACCUGUAUCCCCUUCUGUGAAGAGGAGUCUGGGCACACAGAGUCCAAGUCAAAGUCUGACUUUCAGCCAUGAGGUUCUAGGUUCAAGCCCUAGACUUGUAUGUUGCCUGCCUUUCUGGCUAGAGAACAUCUCUCUCAGGCAUUAUAGGUUCUUCAGGGAUCCAUCCCUGUUGGGCUGGACUCCUUGCAUGGGUAGACACCGAUAGACUCAACCGACAGUCUCCAGGUGCCCCUUUCAGAUACGCUCCUAAAUUGCUUCACGAAAGUGGUUGUUGGAAGGAAGCACAGAAUUCAGCAUAUUUACCCCAGAGCUUGGCUUGCUACAGUCUUCGGUCUGAAUUCAAAAUGGAAAAGCCUCUUAACAUUUGGAGUCUAGACAUGAUCUCCUCAAAAGCAUUCUCAAAGGAGAGUGCUUUUCUUUCAUGCACCACUUCCAUUCAUGUCUUCCUAGACUCUAAAAAAACUUCUGGCUUGCUUGGUUUCAUUAUACAGAUCAGUCUGUUCUAUGACGUCAUUCAGUAACAUCCAGUUUUACCAUCUGGUCAGACUUGGCUUUUGCUUUCUCUCUCUGCAUCCAUGGAGUUUUUACAUGGCACAUGUACUUUUCCUAGAGCGCUGGGACCUAUAACUUCGUUAGUUUUUCUUUGUCCUACAUCUCAUGCCAAUAAAAGCCAUCAUCCAGUUUUUGCUAGCAGUAAAAUUUCCAGCUACUUUAGUAGGCAAAAAUUGUCUACCCGUAACAGAUCUUUUAUUCAACUGUGCAUUGUAUUCUUUUAUUAAAACUUCUAAUAUUUGUUUCUUUUUUAAUUUAAAAAGCAUGUCGCUGAGGCUUUUAUUAAAUAAAGUAAUUAUCUUUCUUCUAUACCAUUAGUUUUCAGACUUGAUUCCUUCACUAGUACCAAAGCUGGGCAUGGCUGUAAUAGUGAAUAUACUCCCUGAAAGGAACAUGAGAAGCUGCCUUAUACAAAGUUACACCAUUUGUCUAUCCAGCUCCAUGUUGUCCACACUGACUGGCAGCAGCUUGCCACAGUUUCAGACAAGUUUUGCAUGACCUGGAGUUUGCAAAGGCCUGAUUCUGCAGUCUUGUGUAGGUAUGACAUUUGCUUAGCCACUCAGCUAUACAGACCUUUAUUGAACUCUAGAAAUAUUGUUCCUCUACUUCCCCCUAGGAGCACUUAAAAACAUGACAAAACAUUGGAUUGCAUCCAAAGUAUCACUAAGUAACUCCUUGAAGAGCAGGACAACUUCUGCUUACACGAUGGGACGUUCUUCCUCCCCCUUCCCCUCCAUACUCCCUACAUUUGUUUGGGGAGUCCCCACAACUACCUGGGGCAGAUUUGCCCAGGGGGAGGAGAGGAGGGAAACUUCUGUUUUGCAAGCCGAAGUUAUACUGCUAGUGCAAUUAAUUUAUUUGGCUGCCACCCUCUGUGAGAUGGUGAGUUUCAGUGCGCACCUUACAUGUCAUUGGCUUCUGGUGGUGGUGUGGGUAAGGAAUCUCACCAUAUGAGGACACUGUUGGAUGUAGGAAGCACUCCUAGACCUAUGGCAAGGAAGGAAUGCAACUUGCAUUCAGUGACAUCCCCUUUGCCCACAUACUGUUUAACCAAGAUCAUUUCUUCCAGAUUUGCUUGUCUGCUGUCACUGAUCUUCCCCUGUAGAGACAUAUACAAACAGUUUGUAUGGUGUGCUGGUUAGACUCAAUAGCCCUCAUUGCACCCGGUAAAUACUGGGCCCAGAAUAUUCUCUUAAGUUACAGGGGAUCCACAGAAGACAAAUCAAUACAAGUACAAAAAGAAACUCAUAACACAUCUCUGUUGUGCUGUCUACCUCAGUCAUGACUCUGAUAGAUCAGGAGAAGGGCCAGGCAGAUCAGGAGGGCCAGUGGCACAAUUUUACUGCACCAAAUUAUUGGUUAGUUUUUGUUUUUUUAAUAAAUUUUAAUUUAUUAAAAUAAUUCAACAUUAAUACAGACAUAUUGCGAAUAUACAAACAUACAUUUCAUACAGUCCUUAAAAAUAUUCAUACAUACCCACCCUCAAUCCCACACAUAUUUCCUUUUCCCACCACCAUCCUUCACCCCUCACCCCAUCCUUGUGUUAGACUUCCAAUCUACUCAAUUGCAAUUUCUUUCCACUUCUAUUACUUUCUUUCACACACUUUUAAACCAACUUUCUGCUUCUUUUUCUGUUACACAUUGUUAUCCAUCUUAUUUAGUAUUUCAGUAUUUAUAACGGGACUUAUUUAUUCUAAUAGGAGUUCUGAUUUUUCAAUAUGAUUUUGCAAAUAUCCUUUAAACACCUUCCAGUCCUUGUCUAUCUUUUCUUUUGGGUUCCUUGUUAUUGUUAUUCAUUAUUGGAGUGUUUAACUGAAGCAAGAAUUGAGUGAAUGGAGUGAUGUGGUGGGUGCAAGGAGAUUGUUUUGGGAGGUGUAUAUGGAGGUUGUGUAUCAUGGAAUCAUAGAAUUUGUAGAGUUGGGGUGGACCACGGCAGUCAUCAAGCCCAACCCCAUGCAAUGCAGGAAUAUUUUGCCCAAUGUGGGGCUCAAACCCAUGACCCAUAAGAAUCUCAUGUUCUACCAACUGAACUAGAUUAAUUUUGUGUAGCAUGAAUGUACAGUUUUAUGUAGUGUACAUGUAGAUGAAUUAUUCUGAUGGCUGUAUUAUGUGUUUUUGUCACGCAAUGAAAUGCUUUGAUGUGAUGUAACGGUGUUGCAUUUUGAUUAGGGACUUAGAAUUGUAGAGUUGGAUUAUCGAGUCUGACCUCCUGCAGUGCUGGAGUAUUGUGAUACAUGUUUAUAAAAACACAAAAAGCCUGCUGGAUCAGGCCAAUGGCCCAUCUAGUCCAGCACCUUGUUCUCUUAGUGACCAACCGGAUGCCUGGGGAAAGCAUGCAAGUAGGAUUCAAGCACAAGAGUAGUCUUCUUGCAUUCUUAUGAACAAGUAACCUACUCCCUGUCUCUGUCCAGGUGCUGAAGUGCCUGUCUCUGUCCACCAGUGUUUUCCACUUGGUUCCUGACACAGGACUGGCUGAUGCCCCUGCCUGCAUAAUAACUGCACUGACCAGUAACUUGAGAUCACUUCCAGAAGCUAUUUCCACCCAGCUCUCCUUAUGUGCUCAACCGAGCCGUAAUGGGACAACCACUUCCCCAUUGAGUUUCUGUUAAGUAUGGCCCUUGGGGUCAACGUGAGCUGUGCUCAUGGGUUUAAUCUUAAACUCAGUCUGUGACUGUGCUGUACCCGUGUCAUACCUUCCCGCAGCUCACAAUUCCUUACAUGUGGACAGGUGGGGGAGAUAUAUAGGGAUGCAGGUGGCACUGUGGGUUAAACCACAGAGCCUAGGACUUGCCGAUCAGAAGGUCGGCGGUUCGAAUCCCCGCGACGGGGUGAGCUCCCAUUGCUCGGUCCCUGCUCCUUUCAACCUAGCAGUUCGAAAGCACGUCAAAGUGCAAGUAGAUAAAUAGCUCCGGCAGGAAGGUAAACGGCGUUUCCGUGUGCUGCUCUGGUUCGCCAGAAGCGGCUUAGUCAUGCUGGCCACAUGACCCGGAAGCUGUACGCCGGCUCCCUCGGCCAUUAAAGUGAGAUGAGCGCUGCAAUCCCAGAGUUGGCCACGACUGGACCUAAUGGUCAGGGGUCCAUGUACCUAGGGGAGAUAUAACUGCCUGAGCAUAGAUGCAUAGGAUGCACUGAAUGAGCCCAGCUGACAACUUCUAUUCUUUAGCCAGCGAUUCAGGCUAUUAUAAAAAUAAGUAAUAGCCAUUUUCCAUAUGGCAGGUGAUAGCACCUCUCUCAAUUUCUCUCUCCUAUAUGGUAGAUAAUAGCAUGAUACCUUAGUUUAAAUCAUGGAUGGGAAACCUAUGGCUCUCUAGUUUAUGCCGGCCAGGGCUGAUGAGAGUUGGAAUGGUCUUUUUCAAGGAAUUAGAGGAAUGGUGGGAAAUGCCAGCAUUUGGGACCUGGGAGAGCACCUACCAGUAAUUAUGUUCCACUCCAUCAACGUUGAUUCCCAGGUGGUUUGCAAGUGUAAAGAAAAAGGAGCGCAAGUUUAACAUACAGCACACUAAAACAGGCCAACAAUUAUUAUUUUUUUAAAAAAACCAAGCAAGCAGCAAUUUUGUAAAAAAAGUCAAACGGACAGAACUUAAUAUCUCUGCCAGCUAACAAUGACUCUGACUGCUCGUGUUUAUCUGGUGUUCUUUCUUGUCACCUCCCAUUCUUAAAAAUGGGAGAUGUUAGAGAUUGACGCUGGGAGAGCUAAAUCGACAGCUUCUGUUCUGCCAUUGAGCCAAGGUCCCUCCCUCAGAGAUACCACUCCAUUCUUAUUGACUUUCUUGUUGGAGAACCCCUGAUAAAUUCUGGAGGAACCCCAGCUUUCCUCGACACAUGGUUUGAAAACCAUUGAUCUUUAAGAUAUUUCUGCUGCAGCACCAGAAACCUGGAUCCAGAAGUUCUUGUCUCAGAUUUCUUCCUUCCUUGCUGUCCUUUGGAAUAAAGCAGCAUUUACCCUCAAAGGGGAGGGGGGGAAAAAUGAAAUGUGUUCAACAUAUGGCAUCUGCGACCAUUUGAUAUUUUAAAUCUAUAGUAAAUGUCAGGAACAAUUUUUACUGCCCUCCCUACAUUACAAGCGCUUGGAUCAUUUGUCUUUCAAAGGACUAGUAAACCUUAAUUUGCUUUAGCAGCUCUCAGUGGAUUUUUAUUGUUUCUUACUGCUGCCUCUCAACUCAUGUAAUUUGUAAAACUAAAUAUGAACUGCUAAACUCCAUCAAUUUGGUAGUAUUCUUUAAUAUCAAUUUUUACAUAAUUAGCCUCCAAACUGUGUUCAAUUACUGCCAAUUAAUCUCGUGUACUUGGAAGGACAACACUAAUUUCCCAGGGAGCACGGCAUCUAAAACGGAAGAUAGUUCUGAUAAAUGGGAAUGGGCAUCAUUUUCUUUCUUUGCUCUCAUUGUAGGGGCUGAUUUGCUUGGACAUUUCUCCACCUAAUACCUGCUUCCUCUGGUUGUUGUUGUUGUUGUUUAGUCGUUUAGUUGUGUCCGACUCUUCGUGACCCCAUGGACCAGAGCACGCCAGGCACCCCUGUCUUCCACUGCCUCCUGCAGUUUGGUCAAACUCAUGCUGGUAGCUUCGUGAACACUAUCCAACCAUUUCGUCAUCUGUCGUCCCCUUUCCCUUGUGCCCUCCAUCUUUCCCAACAUCAGGGUCUUUUCCAGGGAGCCUUCUCAUGAGGUGGCCAAAGUAUUGGUGCCUCAGCUUCACGAUCUGUCCUUCCAGGGAGCACUCAGGGCUGAUUUCCUUCAGAACGGAUAGGUUUGAUCUUCUUGCAGUCCAUGGGACUCUCAAGAGUCUCCUCCAGCACCAUAAUUCAAAAGCAUCAAUUCUUCGGCGAUCAGCCUUCUUUAUAGUCCAGCUUUCACUUCCAUACAUCACUACUGGGAAAACCAUAGCUUUUACUAUACGGACCUUUGUUGGCAAGGUGAUGUCUCUACUUUUUUUUUCUUUUCUAGACAGCAUCUUAAAAAGUAGAGGCUUCCUCUGGUACCUCUCCCUAACUCAUCCUACAUGCUUGGCAACACCAUGCUCUAAAUGUUCUAUUGACAUUAGCUUUUCAGUACACAUAUGCUGAGCCUCUUUAGUUUCCCCACAAGGAAACGAGAGAUGGGUAAAAUAUAAAGGUAUGAUUGUGGAAAGUGGGGAUGUUGUUCCAGCGAUAAUAGAUUUCAUCUUGCAGUAAUUGGCAACUCUACCUCCUUAUUUAUCCCUCGGCUUUUAAGCAUAAUCAACAUAAGCAUCUGGGGGGGUUAGAUAAGUGCUCCUAUAUUAUAAGGCAGUAAAACUACAGGCACACACACAUAUACAAAUUGCACCCCACCCAUAAAUAUGCAUAAGGUGAUUAGUAACAUUGCUGAGGAGUCAAAUAGAUUGUGCACGAUGUAAGCAGCAGAGGUAUUUUUGCUGGCACAAGAGUUAUCCGAAAAAGGACACAUAGAACAUUAACAAGAAUCCAGCAAACUUUUUUUCUAUUGACUUACAAAAGUCCGUCAUAGUGAACAUGGCUCCCCAUUCAAAGUUUCACUCAGAAACCGUCAAGUUCCUGCAUACUUUGUAUGCCAUGGGGAUAGAGUUGAUAGGGUUGAUUCAAAAGGAUGGUGGACUUAGUUACUAAGUUCUGGGCCCAUUUCAGCUCCCCAGUAUAUUUCCACUACAUGUCACCAAAUGCUCAAAGAUGCUUGUUUCCUGUUCCUGCUUUAAUAAAGCUCCCUUCCGGGUAUUUAUGCCCUGUCCGCUUGAACAAGCAUUCAAGGUGACCAACAAAGGCAAUAUUCAAUAAACAUAGUACGACAAAAAAAAGAAAAGAAAGAAAAAAGAAUCAUCUAAAAGGAAUAGCUGAGGAUGUUGGAAGAUUCCAACAGAAACAGGAGUGGAAAUAAAUAAAUAAAUAAAUAAAUUUUUAUUUAUACCCCACCCUUCCCAGUUUAAAAACCAAGCUCAGGGUGGCUAACAGCAAAUAUAAAACAUUGAUUAAAAUGUGACUUUAAAACAGCAUAGAAUACAACAUAAAAUGCAGCAUCAAUAUCAAUAAAAUUCAAAAAUUCAGGGUCAUUUUGGGAAAAGAGAAAAAACCCAGUCAGUAGACACUGAAUGAUCACCAGGGCUAACUGGCCAAGUUGGUCCUACUAGGGCCAGCAAGGAGACCAGGGAAGAAUUUAAAUGUGGGGUCCCAGAAAGGGUUCCUUCAUAGAAGAGGAAAGAGAAUAGAGGAUCAGGCUAAUUCAAAUUGAAGGCCAGGCGGAAUAGCUCUGUCUUACAGGCCCUGCGAAAGCAGAUCAAGUCCUGCAGGAAAUGUUUGCUUAUUCAUCCCAUGUCUAGAAUGGAAAUCAAUCCAGCAAAUACAAUGGGCCCAUUUUGGUCGCAGAAUAAUGGAACUGUAGAGUUGGAAGGGACCCCAAAGGUCAUUUAUUCCAACCCCCUGGAAGGCAGGAACCGCAGCUUAUGAAUCCCUGGCAGGUGACCGUCUUACAUUGGACCAGUUAGGUGAAUAUGGCCCUUUGCUGUUAUCUUCAUUGAUGUAGCCUUGUGACCUUAGGAUGAAUGGCAAGGUAUAAAUCCCAUUCAUAAACAAGCAUACUACAUUGAAUAGUUUUCAGUGCCAACUAAGAAGCUUCCUCUUCUGCCAGGCAUUUUGAUUAACAGUGGAGUGUUGGAGUCGUCUUAUUGGGUUGUAUAUCGAGACUUCUAAUCUUGUUUUAUUUGUUACGUGUUUAUGGUGACCCACCCCAGUAUCAUUUGAUGAUAAAGGACAGGGUAUAAAUUCAAGAAACAAAUACGUACAAUUACAAGUCUUUUUUUUAAUUUAUUUUUUUUACCAACAACCAAAACACAAACAGUGAAAACAAACAGUGAAAACCCCCAGGCGGCUGAUACACUGGGUAUACAUAAUCAAUAAUAACAUAUUCAAAUCAACCAUAUGUACAAUUCUAUAUACCUUAACACCCCUCCCUCCACAAGGUUUAUUUAACUUUUAACAAUUUAAUUGCCCCAAAUUGUUCAAACCAGCCCAAAUAAUUCAAUAUUUUCUCAAACCAAUCCUCCUCCUUCUCAUUGACCUUAAACCCUUUCAUUUUAUGUACAAUUACAAAUCUAAAGCAUGUUUCAUUUACCAAUCAUGCGCUUCUCAUAGAUGGAAUUGGCACUUUGGUGGGAGGGUGUCUAUGCACAGGGAGAGGUGCCAGUUUUUUUGUGGAGAGCCACACCAUAAAGAUCUCAUUUUAAAAAUUUGAUUACAUUUUUUAAAAAAAACAAACAGUAUGGCAGUCAAAGUCAGCCGGAAACUUUCUUAUGUAUUGGCGAAUGAUACAGGGUCUACAAUAAGCAGUAGCAACCCCAGCAUCCCCUCUGCAGCAGGCAUCAACACCAAGGAAGCCCAAAACAAUCCUGCACCUGCUAAGCAUAAAUCCUAAGUAUUGUUCAUACAGGUGGACCAAUUCAGUAGGAUGUGCUGGGGUUGAGGCUGUCAGGAACCUGGAAAAAAAAAACUGACUAUGAAAACCAUAACGUUGAUGCACAACCUAGUAUUGUGUGGAUGCGGAGCGGAUUUCUAAACAGCUAUAACAUGGUGUGUCAGGCAAAAACUUAAAACAGCAGUGGUUGUUUUCACAGCGCCAGCAGAAAGAGUUUGCCAUCGUCUCUAGCGAUGGCAAGAGACCCAAAUAAUACGAACCGUAAUUUCGCAUUGUCUUCUCCCUGUUAAAUCAGGGCACUUCUAGACUGUUUUUGUUUGUUUGUUUGUUUGUUUAAUCUAUUUAACAUAAUUAUUACAAAAUAUAAGCAAAAUAUUGCAAAUACAUACAUACAUAUAUAUUUCAGAUAAGCGCACAUAUGUAAAAAAAAGAACAAAAGAGAAAAAAGGAAGAGAAGAAGAAAGAAAAAGAAAAAAUAAAGAGAAGAAGAAGAAAAGUUGGAAGAAUUUCUUCCAAAUUUAUUCUACAAAUAUCUCAAUAAUAAAAUUUCAUUGAUUGACUUCCAUCGCUUACACUGCACUUCCUAUAUACAUUUUAAGCAACAUUGUAUCUGUUAUUCUGUAUUUUUCCCAUACAAUCUCACACAAAUAUUCUAAUUGCUAAGUUUUCUAAAUCUUUCAUAAAUCUAUUCUAUACACAGCCAGACUGUUUUUGGAUGGGAUGCAGUCAUAUACCAAGAAAUUCAGGUUGCACAAUUACAGCAGCCUGGGAGGUUUUGUACAACAAAGCACCUUGUCCCAAAGCUCAGAGUUUUUGUGAUAUGGAGAGGGACUGGAAGUACGGGAUAAUACUUGCUUUCCUGCAAUUUCGUCUGACGUCUCUGCAGAUUAGAUCAAAUGCUCAUUAAAUCUCCCUGAAAAUGUAUCAAGGGUUAAUGCUCAAUAAACAGGUAACCUAGAAGUACCCUUACAAGCAGUAAUAUUCUGGAAAUUCUAGCAGUGCUACUAAGGUGCAGAAGCAAAUGAACUCCCUGCUGAAAAUGCCAAGUGUCUUGACUUUUCCCUGGUGCACCAGCAAUAUUGCAGUUAUCACCGCUGAAAACAUUUCUGUUUCACUGAGCUUUCUUAGAAUAUUAAUUUGAUGCAGUAUUGGACAUCUGUAUUUUAGGAUUUUUAUUUUUUGCUAUGAUUCUUUAAAAAAAAUUUUUUUCUUACAAUUUUAACAAUAGCAAUAAGCAUUGUGUUUCCAAAAUACAAUGCUGUAAAAUUGCCGUAAAACACCAAAAUUAGAAUUUCCACAGUAGUAACAUACGCAAUAACUGAUUUGAUGAUAAGCCAACUGCGGCUCACUUCCACCUCUUUCUGAAGCUUUCAUUGUGAAAUAUCCAUACCUUUUUUUAAAAAAACAGCAGCAGCAACCUGUUUCUUAAUCUGUAAAGCAAUCGUUUUAAGAAAAGCCCUGCUCGAUCACAUUAAGGGCCCAUUGAGUCCAGCAGGAAUGACAGUAACAAACCAAAAGAGGAAUAUAGUGACAGAGCCACUAUUGAGAAGGUAGUGAGGUCUUCAGAACUUAACCAGAACUUCAGAACUGGCAGUGAAAACAUAUAUGGGAACAUAGGAAGUUGCCCUCCCAUCAGAUGUCAAAGAAAUAAACAACUAUCUGACUUUUAGAAGACAUCUGAAGGCAGCCCCGUUUAGGGAAGUUUUUAAGGCCCCUGAAGGACCAGGUAUGCAGCCUGGGAGUCAUUUUGGACUCACAGCUGUCCAUGGAGGCACAGGUCAAUUCUGUGUCCAGGGCAGCUGUUUACCAGCUGCAUCUGGUACACAGACCCUACCUGCCCGCAGACUGUCUCGCCAUGCUGCCCGCAGACUGGUGCAUGCUCUAGUUAUCUCCCGCUUGGACUACUGCAAUGCGCUCUACAUGGGGCUACCUUUGAAAGUGACCCGGAAACUACAACUAAUCCAGAAUGCGGCAGCUAGACUGGUGACUGGGAGUGGCUGCCAAGACCAUACAACACCGGUCUUGAAAGACCUACACUGGCUCCAGUACGUUUCCGAGCACAAUUCAAAGUGUUGGUGCUGACCUUUAAAGCCCUAAACGGACUCGGUCCAGUAUACCUGAAGGAGCGUCUCCACCUCCAUCGUUCUGCCCGGACACUGAGGUCCAGCGCCGAGGGCCUUCUGGUGGUUCCCUUCGCUAUGAGAAGCCAAGUUACAGGGAACCAGGCAGAGGGCCUUCUCGGUAGUGGCACCCGCCCUGUGGAACGCCCUCCCGCCAGAUGUCAAAGAGAAAAAUAACUACCAAACUUUUAGAAGACACCUGAAGGCAGCCCUGUUUAGGGAAGCUUUUAAUGUUUAAUAGGUUAUUGUAUUUUAGUGUUUUGUUGGAAGCCGCCCAGAGUGGCUGGGGAAACCCAGCCAGAUGGGCGGGGUAUAAAUAAAUUAUUAUAAUUAUUAUAAUUAUUAUUAUUAUUAAGGUUUGAUGUUUUAUUCUGUUUAAUAUUCUGUUGGGAGCCUCUCAGAGUGGCUGGGAAAACCCAGCCAGAAGGGUGGGAUAUUAAUAUUAAUAAUAAUAAUAAUAAUAAUAAUAAUAAUAAUAAUAAUAAUAAUUGCUUCAGAUCCUUGGUCUAUCUAGCUAAGUUUUUUCUACACUGGCAGUGGUUCUCCAGGGUUUCAAAGAGGAGACAGUCCCAGUUCUACUGGAUCUUCCACACUGAGCAUUACUCAAGCAUAGAAAGAGCUGCCCCAUUCUCUGGACCUUAUUUCACCCAGAGACUGUAGAGCAGAGAGAUGGGGAAUCUGGCCCUCCAAAUGUUUCUGGAUUACAUCUCCCAUCUUCACUGACUACCGGACAAGCUGGUUGGAGCUUAUGCGAGUUGGAGUCCAACGACAUGUGGGAGGCUAUAGGUUUCCCACUCUUGUGCUAACAGUGAGUUUCCCUUUUGGAUUCCCCGCAGGAAGGAGAUGGGGGAAAGUUGGGGACUUUGCUUGCUACGCCUGA